AUGGCGGGCUGUGCUCUCUCUCUUCUGUCAACAGCUCUUCUCAACCCUCAAUCUAACUUCAUUCAGGGGAGCAAAUCUCCUGCAAAAAUAGAGAAAAUGGUGAUCAAAAUCAGCAAAGACAAUCCGUUGCCAUCAUUAGGAAGUAACCAAGUAAUGGCUUCUUCAGCAAUAACUACCGCCCAAGUCUUGAAAAAUGCCAUAUUAUGGCCCCUAUCUGUUGCCUCCAUAAUGGCUGUCUUGGUAUCUUCGUUCCAGUUCCAAGUCGGGGGUGAGGAAGGCUGGGUCAAACCGACUGGAAACCAGACUGAAACAUAUAGCCACUGGGCUACCAGACACAGAUUCCACAUUGGAGAUUCUGUUUACUUCAGGUAUGAAGAGGACUCGGUGCUGGUAGUCAGCUCCAGUGACUAUGAAAACUGCAGAACAUCGCAUCCAAUUUCCAAGUUUGACGACGGGAACACCGUCUUCCAAUUUGAACGAUCUGGGCUCUUCUAUUUCAUCAGCGGGCAGCCAGGCCACUGCAAAUCCGGCCAAAGGCUCGUCAUUCGAGUGAUGCACCCCUCCGAAGAAGUUGAGUCCCCUCAAGCUGCUCCAUCACCGGCUGCACCCAAUCCUAAUGGCGGCGGAGGAGAAGAUAUUUGGGACAACUCCAACAACUGGGGGCCGCCCGCGCUUAAUUCUACUGACAAGCUCACUGUUGCAUCGUACUUCAUGACGUUUCUUGGAGGCGUCAUCGUUUUUCUCUAUUGGUUGAUGUAG